UGGUUGGGAAGCAGGUCAGCGGUGCGUCAAGCCCUUGUGACUUUGCAGCCAUGUUCGCCUAGGAAGGUACGCGGUCAGCACAGCAGAUGUGCCUCUCGGUGACUGAUAGCCUCGGAUAUAAAUCUGGAUAUUAAUUCGGAGGACGCGCACCGAAGCCUAAGCAUCAGCCGACCUCGUCUCCGCGUCUUGAAAGUGUAGGGGUGAAAGCUCUGUUCCGGACGUCAUGACCUCUCGCAAAAAGGUGCUGCUCAAAGUCAUCAUACUCGGGGACUCCGGGGUUGGGAAGACCUCUUUAAUGAACCAGUAUGUUAACAACAAGUUCAGCAACCAGUAUAAGGCCACGAUUGGUGCAGAUUUCCUGACCAAGGAGGUUAUGGUCGAUGACAGGCUUGUUACCAUGCAGAUUUGGGAUACAGCUGGACAGGAGCGUUUCCAGUCUCUGGGUGUGGCCUUCUACAGAGGGGCAGACUGCUGCGUGCUGGUGUACGACGUCACGGCCCCGAACACCUUCAAGACCCUGGACAGCUGGAGGGACGAGUUCCUGAUCCAGGCCAGCCCUCGCGACCCUGAAAACUUCCCUUUCGUGGUGCUUGGCAACAAGAUCGACUUGGAGAACAGACAGGUUACAACAAAACGGGCUCAAGCGUGGUGUCAAAGCAAGAACAACAUCCCUUAUUUCGAGACCAGUGCCAAAGAAGCUAUCAAUGUGGACCAGGCUUUCCAGACAAUUGCUCGAAAUGCACUCAAACAGGAGUCUGAGGGGGAGCCCUACGACUUCCCCGACCAGAUCAAGCUAAGAGACGACAGACCUGCCUCCUCGAGCGAAGGCUGCAGCUGCUGAAGGACGGCAAACGAGUGCCGAGGAGCUGGAAGGACGGAGAGAGGGAUGGCAGUGAUCAGCAGAGGCCGAGCCAUUACAAACCACACCCCCACCCAAACCCCACCCAAACCAGCCCUUUGUGUCAUCUGCAAGACCGCCAGGGUUUGAAAAGCCACGUGACGGCGUCCCUCUCUGUCCAACGAACAUGUGGCGAACUGUCUGAGGAAAUGGGAGAGCUUGACUGAAUGCCUCCAUCACGUCUAAAACUACAGCUCCCAGUGUCACUAUCCAAGACUGUCACCAACGCCCAUUCUUUGUGCAAUUUUGUUGUAAUUUUUUUUCCCUCCCCCUUUCACAAUGAUUGUCUGCCAAAUCUGUCCCUUUUCAUUCUGCGUUAUACUUUAGCCAUCAUCUCUUAAAUCUGUUAUGUACAUCUAUGCUGAGCCUGCAUUCUCUUCUGUAUAACGUACACCACUGAUAAAGGUGUCAAACCCAUCUGUAUCUGCAUGUCAUCCAUAUCUUAAUAAGCAAUCAUCUAUGGUAUUCAGUCCAAGGCAUAUCGUCUUAACCUGAAUGUUUUUGUUUUUGUUGAUCACUUUAAUCAAGAUUGUGUUUUGGGGAUUGCUAAAUAGUGCAAAAUGUGGCAGGGAUGGUUGACACAAUCAUUUCUAUUUGCACCAUUUCAUUCUUGAGCCUUUUAAAAGUUUAACUCACAUAUGUGCACUCAUGUACAAUUAGCUUUGAAAAUGGGUAUAAACAUAACUGAAUGAUAUAGAAGAGGAGUCAGUAGACUCAAGCACAGCGGGUGAGAUGGAGACAAGGAAUGAGGACAGUUGGUUCCAUGUUUUCUUUUGUACAUUUACAUGCUGUACUGGUAUUAAUGUAAACAUUCCCACAUUAAGUCUGACAACUACAGUUUUAUAUUUGAGGAUGAAAAAAAUUGGGUAAGAAAUAUUUUAACACAAGUAGAAAAUAAAUAAAUAAGUGUCCUUGGCCAAGCAUACUAUUGAACCUUUUUGGGAAUCUCCCAAAUCAGCUAGACAAACAGCUAAAGCUGUAUUAAUGACCAAUGUGUUAAAGCCCCUCCCCUGUACUACACAUCAUUAUUAAAGCCUGAGUUUCAUUAAGAACUUAAA